GCAGAAUGCGACUUUGGUGUGUUAUCAUGUGAGCCGAAGGAAUAAUGUUUUCUUGAAUUUUAUGGUCGUGAGUGGAUUUUAAAAUUGUGAAUUAGUGAAUUGUGACAAAAUAAACCAUGGCGGACUUAAAAUCGCCGCCGUUUAGUGAUAUCAAGAGACCUGAAGAAGUGGUCAGGAUGACGACGAACGAUAGCCUGAAAUUUGCUGUUCUUAUCGGGCUGAUUGAAGUCGGACAGGUGACCAACCGGGAGGUAGUGAACACCGUCCUGCAUCUGCUCGUGGGCGGCGAGUUCGACAUGGAGUUGAAUUUCGUGAUACAGGACGCGCAGAAUAUUCAACACAUGUUAGAACUACUAGACCACUGUCCACCAAGUUUACAGGCGGAAAUAUGGUCAGUGUUUAUUGCAAUCCUGCGCAAAAGUGUACGGAAUCUCCAAGCCUGUACUGACGUAGGACUCAUACACCAUGUGCUCCAGAGGCUACCCCGCGCUGAAACAGUCGUCGCUGAUCUGCUCAUCGAGAUGUUGGGGGUACUGGCCAGCUAUAGCGUCACCGUCAAAGAGCUCAAGCAGCUGUUCAGUGCCAUGAAGGCCGUCAACGGGAAAUGGCCCCGGCACUCCGCUAAGCUGCUGAACGUGCUCCGGCAGAUGCCGCACCGGAACGGGCCGGACGUGUUCUUCAGCUUCCCGGGACGGAAAGGAUCGGCUGUGGUGCUCCCGCCGCUGGCGAGGUGGCCCUACGAGAACGGCUUCACCUUCACCACGUGGUUUCGCCUCGACCCCAUCAACUCCGUCAACAUCGAGAGGGAGAAACCCUACCUUUACUGUUUCAAAACGAGUAAAGGCGUGGGCUACACGGCGCACUUCGUCGGCAACUGUCUAGUUCUCACGUCUAUGAAGGUGCGCGGCAAAGGGUUCCAACAUUGUGUCAAAUACGAGUUUCAGCCUAGAAGAUGGUACGCGAUAGCGGUGGUGUACAUAUACAAUAGAUGGACGAAGAGUGAGAUCAAAUGCUUGGUGAACGGCCAGCUUGCGUCCAGCACCGAGAUGGCAUGGUUUGUCUCCACCAACGACCCUUUCGACAAGUGCUACAUCGGCGCGACGGCGGAGUUGGACGAGGAGCGCGUGUUCUGCGGUCAGAUGGCAGCCAUCUAUCUGUUCGGCGAGGCGCUCACCACGCACCAGAUCUGCGCCAUGCACAGGCUGGGGCCCGGCUAUAAGAGUCAAUUCCGAUUCGACAACGAAUGCAACAUCAGUUUGCCGGAGAAUCAUAAAAGGGUGAGCGAGACGACCGCUCCCAAGCUUGAAAACGCUGAUGUUCCCCCUCUUCCCGAUCCCGAAAGUUCCCCUCAAACUCCCGAGAUCCAGCCGCCUGAUGUAGCUUCUCCCGAAGAGGACACAAAGCCAGCAGAGACAGAAGAAGCAUGCGUAGUAGUGAAGGAAGACGCGACGCCGCGCGGGCGCCGCCUGGCGGACGAGGCGCGCGAAGUGGCCGCCGCGCAUGCCUCCAUGCUCGUAGAUAUUGAAGCAUGCAAGCGUGUGUUAUACGACGGCAAGUUGUCUUCAGGGAUUGUGUUCAUGUACAACCCAGUGGCGACGGACGGUCAGCUGUGUCUUCAGUCAGCACCCAAAGGAAAUGUUUCUUACUUCGUGCACACGCCUCAUGCACUUAUGCUGCAGGAGGUCAAAGCAGUGGUCACACACUCAAUACACAGUGCAUUAAACUCCAUCGGCGGAGUGCAGGUUCUGUUCCCGUUGUUCGCUCAGCUGGACCUACCGCACGACGCGCCCGCCACCGACCCCAAGCGAGACCCCAUGCUCUGUUCGAAGCUGCUGGGGUUCGUGUGCUCGCUGGUGGAGUCGUGCAGCACGGUGCAGCAGCACAUGCUGCAGUGCCGCGGCUUCCUCGUCAUCUCGCACAUGCUGCAGCGCUGCAGCCGCGACCACCUCACGCCCGACACGCUCGCCUCCUUCCUCCACCUCACCAAACAUCUCGUCACCUGCUGCUCUCCUAAUUCCGAUCUACUGCUCAAACAGCUGUUGGACCACAUUCUGUUCAACCCCGCGCUGUGGAUCCACACGCCGGCGGCCGUGCAGGCCAGGCUCUACUGCUACCUGGCGACGGACUUCCUCGCCGACGCGCACAUCUACGGCAGUGUGCGCCGCGUCAGCACCGUGCUGCAGACCGUACACACGCUCAAGUUCUACUAUUGGGUAGUCAACCCCAGAGCCAAGAGCGGAAUUACGCCCAAAGGAUUAGAAGGACCGCGGCCGGCCCACAAAGACAUUCUUACUAUUAGGGCAUACAUUCUGCUAUUCUUAAAACAACUGAUCAUGAUCGGCAACGGAGUGAAAGAAGACGAACUACAAUCCAUACUCAACUACCUGACAACUAUGCACGAGGACGAGAAUCUACACGAUGUCUUACAAAUGUUAAUAUCACUUAUGUCGGAACACCCUAGUUCUAUGGUGCCCGCUUUUGACGCUAAGGGUGGAGUUAGGACAAUCUUCAAAUUACUAUCGUCAGAGAGUCAACUAAUUAGGCUGCAAGCUCUCAAGUUAUUAGGGUUUUUCCUCAGUAGAAGUACACACAAACGCAAAUACGACGUGAUGUCACCGCACAACUUAUACACGCUACUGGCGACGCGGCUGGGCGCGAGCGGCGAGGGGCUGGCGCUGCCGGUGUACAACGCGCUGUACGAGCUGCUCACAGAGCACGUGGGUCAGCAGAUACUGUACACCAGCCACCCUGAGCCGCAGCCGCACUUCCGACUGGAGAACCCCAUGAUCCUAAAAGUGGUAGCAACGUUGAUCCGCCAGUCGAAGCAGACGGAACAACUCCUGGAGGUGAAAAAGUUGUUCCUGUCCGACAUGACGCUGCUGUGCAGCAACAACCGCGAGAACCGCAGGACUGUGCUGCAGAUGUCUGUGUGGCAGGAAUGGCUAAUAGCGAUGGCCUACAUCCACCCGAAGAACGCGGAAGAACAGAAGAUCUCGGACAUGGUGUACUCGCUGUUCCGCAUGCUGCUGCACCACGCCAUCAAGCACGAGUACGGCGGCUGGCGCGUCUGGGUCGACACGCUCGCCAUCGUGCACUCCAAGGUUUCAUACGAAGAAUUCAAGCUCCAGUUUGCUCAAAUGUAUGAGCAUUACGAACAGCGUCGGGCCGACAACAUCACGGACCCGGCUGAGCGUCAGCAACGUCCCAUUUCCACCAUUUGCGGCUGGGAGCGACGCGACACCCACCAAGCUCUACACCACGCUGCACAGACUGAAAUCGGCGCAGGAUUGUCCCUAAGAGACCUCGACACUUGCAGGUGUAAUACUACAGAAGCAAAUGAUUCGACUGAUGCAGUAUACUCGCAGGUUUGUAAGGUCCACACGCCUAAACGUGACGCGUUACCUGAGUCACAGACUGAAACAACAGAAGCAAGACGUCCUGAAGAAGUUGAACAUGCCAUAGAUGAAGUAGAAACACCUACUGAUGACGCGGAUAGGGUAGUGUCACCUACAGAUGCGUUGCCCUCAGAAACAGAAUUAGUAAGGUCCAUGAUCGAAGAUACGAAAUGUUUAGAAGAUCCGGAAUCGGGUAUCGGUACUCUUGAGAAGAGCGAUGAACCUUUGACGAGGCAAGGUAGCUUAGAUUAUAUUCCUGUUCGAGAUGUAGGUGAUGGUGUUUCCAAAGACGAUGCUACUGAUCGUAGUGAAGGUAUUCCUUCAAGUUUAUCGGCUAGUGAGACGGCCAGUCCUGAGCGAGUUGCUGAACUCAACGUUGUUACUGAACGUGAGUCCGAACUAUCGGACCGAUCAGACUUGUACCUCACACCUAGUGAAGCGACAAGUCCGAAGAAAUCAUUAGAUAAAGCUGAUGAUGAUCCCGAAGACCCUAAACGUGUAGCAAUUAAUAUUGUCAACGACGUACUGAGCAUAGCGCUCGAAACUGUGAGGUUAAAGACUGAUGAUGAUACGGACUCAGGAGCCAUCUCCGGAGGUCUGCACUCUGAAGGGAACACUCCCAACGGACGAGACGACUUCGAGCAGGAGAUCGAAGAGAUCGUGGACGACAAGCGAGUGGCGGAAACCAUCGCUAACGAAUUAGUUACGGACUUAAUUACAUCGGUUGUGACAAAAAGUGAGAAUGUUCAAGUGGCUGAAAGUAGUAGUGAAAAUAUUGAAAUUCCUGAAACUAGUAGUGAUAAUGUUGUUGCUGAUAGUGAAACUGUUGAGCCAAAUAGUGAAAAUAUUACGACAGACGAUAAUAGUCCGCAGAGGGUCAUUCCUUCUGAUCACCCGCACGAAGGCAACGUACUGCCACUUGAUGGUGAAUUUUUAGUCAAUUCUAGAACUGAAGAGGCUGAGAAACUAGAUGUAGAACGAAAAGACGAAGUUACGGAAGAAAAUGAGAAGAAUGAUAGCCAAAGAGUCGACAUGCCGACGCCAGAGGAAGAGAAGACUCCUGAGAUUCCUCCGAUCUCAACUAUUAGUGAAAGUAUACCGCUAGAUAAUAAGGAGGUGGAUAGUGAAGACGAAGGCCAUGAGAGUGAGAGAGACAAGAGACGCGUGAGUUUACCUGGUGACAGUGAGAUGAAGCAGGACGGCAGUAGGGGUGAGGGCGUCGCCACGCAGGGCACCAACACUUCAGCGUCGCCCAAGAGGCCUCGCAGUGCCUCCACUAGUACACAAGUCGACUCCAAUCAUUUUGAAACAAAGCGUCCGUCGAAGUGUUCCCGGCCGAUGUUCUCCCCCGGCCCGACGCGGCCGCCGUUCCGUAUCCCGGAGUUCCGCUGGUCCUACAUACACCAAAGACUGCUCUCUGACGUUCUUUUCUCCUUGGAAACUGAUAUUCAAGUAUGGCGGAGUCACUCUACGAAGUCAGUGAUCGACUUCGUGAACAGCAGCGAGAACGCGAUCUUCGUGGUAAACACCGUGCACCUCAUUAGCCAGCUGGCUGAUAACCUGAUCAUCGCUUGCGGAGGAUUACUGCCGUUGCUGGCCUCUGCUACUUCGCCUAAUAAUGAGCUCGACGUAAUAGAGCCCACUCAAGGCAUGCCGGUGGAAGUGGCGGUGACGUUCCUGCAGCGGCUGGUCAGCAUGGCCGAUGUGCUCAUCUUCGCCAGCGCGCUCAACUUUGCUGAGCUGGAAGCUGAGAAGAACAUGUCUUCGGGAGGCAUACUCCGGCAGUGUCUCAGACUGGUGUGCACGUGUGCCGUGCGCAAUUGCCUCGAGUGCAAGGAGCGCCAGCGCUACGCCGCCGCCCGCGCCGGCCAACGCGCCGCCGACUCGCCCGAACCCAAGAGUGUGGUGGCAAGUUUAGCGGACGCAUCGAGUCCCGUUAAGGACCCCGAGAGACUUCUUCAAGAUAUGGAUGUGAAUAGACUUCGGGCAGUUAUUUAUAGAGAUGUGGAGGAGACGAAGCAGGCGCAGUUCCUGUCGCUGGCCAUCGUGUACUUCAUCUCUGUGCUGAUGGUGUCGAAGUACCGCGACAUCCUCGAGCCGCCCGCGCACGCGCCGCCCGACGCCGCGCGCCGCCCGCACCACGCGCACGAGCACCACGAACACAAUGGCGACGAUGUCGAGUAUGCCAUGAUUGUGGUCGAUGAGAACAAUUCUACCAUUAACGAUUUGGACUCUCCAUCCAUGAAGGAGACGGAUGGCAAAGAAGAGGGUGUUGCGAAAAUAGAAACGACCACUGACGAACUGAAGCCUAGUACUGGAGAGAAAGCAAAGCCUAGCGAUAAGCCGGACCUUUCCCCCGCGUCCGACAAGGAAGAGCCGCUAUUCAAGUCGAGCCUCCGAAUCAAAAGCCAGCUCAAGCCCAAGCCUCCAACCGCAAGGUCCAAAACAUUGUCUGGGAUAACGGUGUCGGUGGUCAAUUUGAGUGUGGACUCGAUCGAGGACGCGGGAUCGUUCCACCUGAACUCGAAUGAGACCACCAAUAAUGACCCGGAGACUUCCAGCGAAAUUGCGCUUGAUGAUAACAAACAUCCGGUGAGCAAUGACGAGUCUUGGACGGACGUGAACUUAAACGAGGACGGUGAGCGCGGCCCUGCUACCAUUACUGGUAGAACGAGAGACCACGAGGGAAAUAUACAUGAAGACAUAGACAAACAAAUUCACAUGAGGAACUCGGAGUCUCACCAUCAUCUCACACAAAGGCAUCAGAACAGAAACCUGCAAGCGGCGCAGAGGCAUUUACAUCCAGACAAUGAGACAUUAGCAGGUCUGAACGCAAUGAACACAAGUAUGACAGCUGAAGGCGUGUCCCGCGAGGCGUCUCUGACCCACAAGUUGGAGACAGCCCUAGGCCCCGUCUGUCCCUUACUCCGGGAGAUCAUGCUGGACUUCGCUCCCUUCCUCUCCAAGACCCUGGUGGGGUCACACGGACAGGAACUGCUUAUGGAGGGUAAAGGCCUUCAAACCUUCAAGUCCAGUACAUCAGUGGUGGAACUGGUGAUGCUGCUGUGUUCUCAAGAGUGGCAGAACUCGCUGCAGAAGCACGCGGGACUGGCGUUCAUCGAGCUGAUCAACGAGGGUCGGCUCCUGUCACAUGCCAUGAGAGACCACAUAGUGAGGGUGGCUAACGAGGCCGAGUUCAUACUCAAUAGGAUGAGAGCUGAUGAUGUACUUAAACACGCUGAUUUUGAGUGUCUUUGCGCAACGAGUAGCGCAGAGCGAGCGGAGGAAGAGCGCACGUGCGAGCGACUUAUAGCAGCCGCGCGUCGCCGCGACCACGCCGCCGCCGCAAGACUGUUAGAUAAAUUGCGACAUGCCGCCUCACAUGCUACGCCACAUCCUGGUAGUGGCAGUCAAUUCUGGAAGCUAGAUUCUUGGGAGGACGACGCGCGUCGCCGGAGACGACUCGUGCCCGACCCGCGCGGCCGCCGCCACGUCGCCGCAGCGCUGGCCCGCCCGCACCCCAGCACGCAUCACCAUGAUGCCAUACUACAGGCUACGGAAGAACUGCACUCAAGGAUAGCGGCGGGAGGUGCGGGUCGCGGGGCGCAGUUACCGACGACUGCGGCCGCCGAACUCUUAGACGACGCUGAGCUCCUGGUAGAUGACAGAGAAAUCGAUGCCGAUCUCACCGGUCCAGUUAACAUAAGUACGAAGGCUCGACUAGUGGCUCCAGGGCUGGUGGCGCCGGGCACCGUUUCGCUCACCUCCACAGAACUAUACUUCGAAGUGGAUGAAGAGGACCCGGAGUAUAAGAAGAUUGACCCUGAGGUGUUGAAAUACUGCGAGCACCUGCACGGCAAGUGGUACUUCAGCGAGAUCCGCGCCAUCUUCUCGCGCCGCUACCUGCUGCAGAAUGUCGCCAUCGAGAUGUUCCUCGCCAGCAGGACGUCGAUAUUCUUCGCGUUCCCCGACCAAGCCACCGUGAAGAAGGUCAUCAAAGCUCUGCCCAGGGUCGGGGUUGGCAUCAAAUAUGGAAUACCUCAGUCCAGACGCGCGUCCAUGAUGUCUCCGCGGCAACUCAUGCGCAACUCGAAUAUGACGCAGAAAUGGCAACGGCGAGAAAUCUCCAACUUUGAAUACCUCAUGUUCCUGAACACUAUUGCUGGACGUACAUACAAUGACUUGAAUCAAUACCCAGUGUUCCCAUGGAUCUUGACGAACUAUGAAAGUGAGGAGUUGGACCUCAGCCAGCCGUCGAACUACAGGGAUCUCUCCAAGCCCAUCGGAGCCCUAAACCCGAGUCGUCGGGCGUACUUUGAGGAGCGCUACAAUACCUGGGAGCACGAGUCGACGCCGCCCUUCCACUAUGGCACACACUACUCCACGGCUGCUUUCGUGCUCAACUGGCUAGUUCGCAUCGAACCGAUGACAACAAUGUUCCUAGCGCUACAAGGUGGCAAAUUCGACCACCCCAACAGGCUCUUCUCGUCCAUCGCCAUGUCAUGGAAGAACUGCCAGCGAGAUACUUCUGACGUUAAGGAACUAAUACCCGAGCUGUUCUUCCUACCCGAGAUGCUGGUGAACAGUUCAGGGUUCCGGCUAGGCAUCCCCGAGUCUCCGUCAGGUGACGUCAUCCUGCCUCCCUGGGCGUCUUCUGCUGAAGAGUUUGUGCGUAUCAACCGAAUGGCACUGGAGUCCGAGUUCGUUAGCUGUCAACUACAUCAGUGGAUUGAUCUCAUAUUCGGCUAUAAGCAGCGAGGUCCCGAGGCGGUCCGUGCAACCAACGUAUUCUACUACCUAACCUACGAAGGUGGGGUCCGUCUCGACCAGAUCACGGAGCCCGUCACCCGUGCAGCAAUUGAGGACCAGAUCCGAAGCUUUGGGCAAACUCCUGCACAGUUAUUAAGUGAACCUCAUCCUCCGAGAGCAUCGACCAUGCACCUUGCGCCGCUAAUGUUCGCGGCAGCACCAGAUGAUGUGUGCUUGAGGCUUAAACUACCCUCGAAUGCGGCUGUAGUACAUGUCUCAGCGAAUACCUAUCCGCAAUUGGCUAUGCCUGCUGUUGUUACGGUGAGUGCGGCCCGCGCGUUCGCCGCACACCGGUGGUCUGGCGGCGGCUGUGCUCACGCGCCGCAUGCUCCCCGCCACGCGCCCGAGCACACGCAUCACCCGCACCAUCCGCUACUUAUGGACCCAGUUUGGGCGGCGGGCGGCGCGGCGGCGCUGUCGCGGCGGCAGCUGGGCGACAACUUCUCGCAGCGCGUGCGCGCGCGCAGCAACUGCUUCGUGACGACGGUCGACUCGCGCUUCCUCAUCGCCGCCGGCUUCUGGGACAACAGCUUCCGCGUCUUCAGCACUGACACUGCAAAAAUAGUACAAAUAAUCUUCGGGCACUACGGCGUAGUGACGUGCGUGUGUCGCUCGGAGUGCAACAUCACCUCCGACUGCUACAUCGCGUCCGGCUCCGAGGACUGCACCGUGCUGCUGUGGCAUUGGUCUGCCCGACACGGUGGCAUUGUAGGCGAGGGAGAGACGCCGGCGCCGAGAGUUACUCUGACGGGACACGACGCUCCUAUCAACGGAGUUCUCGUCUCCGCAGAACUGGGCCUGGUUAUAUCUUCGUCAGUCAACGGCCCCGUACUAAUCCACACGACAUUCGGCGAGGUGCUCCGCGCGCUGUCGGCGGCGGAGGGCGUGUGCUCGCCGCAGCAGCUCGCGCUGUCUAGAGAAGGCGUCGUCGUCGUGGCCUAUGCGAAGGGACAUCUUGCGGCGUUUACACUUAAUGGGCGAAGGCUCAGGCACGAGACGCAUAAUGAUAACUUCCAGUGCCUGGUGCUGUCGCGCUGCGGCGAGUACCUGGCGUGCGGCGGCGACGCGGGCGUGGUGGAGGUGUGGCGCGCGGCGACGCUGGCGCCGCUGUACGCCUUCCCGCCCGCCGGCGCGCCCGUCACCUCGCUCGCGCUCUCGCACGACCAGAAGUUCCUGUUAGCGGGUCUAGAGAACGGCUCCCUGGUUGUAUUCCACAUAGACUUCAACAGAUGGCACCACGAGUACCAACAGCGGUACUGAACAUCAGUACACUAGUUAUUAUUACUAAACUUAAUUCAAUUACCAGCCGGACGCUGGCAACACUGGCCCUUAUCCUGUGGGUGUUGUCCAGUGUUGCAAGUGUCACGGAUUUAAUUCGCAUCUAGGUAAAGCGAUAUUACGCUCAUAGGUGAUAGGACGUAAUGGCUGCUAUUUGAUUGAAUAUUCACUGUUCUUUACGAUUCAAAGCAGCAAUCAUCUACCAGAUAAGAAAUUAAUUAAUUGUACUCUCAAUUCGGUUAAAAUUAACAGUGGUAAAGAACAGUGUUAUUAAUAUUAAGUGUGGUAUUCUGAAUUUAAUCGCAGCUACAUAUAGCUACUGAUUAAACUACCGCACUGGUCUAAAUUUUAAAUUAAUAAAAAUCUUGUUGGGUUGUAAUAUUUCGACACAUUAAUGCUAUAUUGGAUAAUGAUAAUGAGGCAACUGGCAAGUAAGUACUUAAUUAGUUUUUAAGUUCAUUGACAUUCCAUUGAUUUUAAUUCGUUUAGUAACAAUUUAAUUGUAUUAAAAUACUAAGACAUUAAAUGAGACGACUUCAUAACAUUCCAUGAAAUUUUAUACAGUUUACAACCAAAUUAUUAUAAAAGUAAGGUAUUAUUUGUUAAAAUUCUUUCUAAGAAGAAUAAUGAUGUAGUUAUUUUUAUAUUUGAUCGGUACUUAAUCAAUUGUUAUUUAUUUAAGUAAAAGAAUGAAGUCGUAGCGUUGUACUUAUACAUAUUUAUUAUUUCUGUGGAGCACUCUGCCACACUACUUUGGCUUUAUCUGUACCACUUUAGUGUUGCCAAUGUAGAAUUUACAAUUCUACUAAAGAAGUAAUAGCUUAAGUAGCAGAGUGUGAUAUUGGUUUUAAGGAGUUUAGAAAAAAAUAAUCAAAGAAGAUCUGUAUUCCCUCAAACCAAUUUGCACCAAUAGUAUUCUGUGUAUUAUAAAAAGAUUAUAAUUUUUAUGAAAUGAAGCAAUUAGUUUACAGUAAAUUAUUUAUGUAGUGCCAUAGGGAAAGUUUAUUAUUUUAACGCAAUAUAGUGUCUUUCUUAUUUUAUUUAUGAAACUAGGAUCUCCUAUUCAAGUAACGUCCAUUUUAAUUCCUUUAAUGUAUUAUUUUGAGUUUAAAUCCAUGUUAUUAAUUUAUUUAAUCCAUUGACUUUUAUUCGUGCAAUAUUUUCUAAAUGGUCUAAGCUAUUUACAAAAUUCGUUAUAUAUUUCCAAUUCAUUAUAAUAUUACAUGAUGUGCUUGCUCUUUCUAGCAAUUCAGUAUUUGAAAUUAUUUUGACACAUUCCAAAUUUUUACUCUUGUGCUAUUUUAUGUGGUGGUGGGUAAGAAGUACUUAAUUUUGAAUAUUAUGAUAAAUAAUAAUUGACGUUGUUGUAAUUAAUUUUUGGUUUUAUUAAAUGGUUAUAGCGAAAAUUA